UAUUUGCACGUAGCACCGAUUACUCUUUGUUUACAACUUACUUGAGGCGAAGACAUGCUACGCGUUAUAAGCUGAAUUAAGUUUGAGCAUCUUUUAAUGAUAUGAGCAAAAACAGUUUGCGUAAACGAACCGAAACGAUGCCCAUUAAUUUAAAGAUUGACAAAUCAACGAGAGAAUCAAGUUUUGGAACUUCAGUGAGCCGGGAGAGCAGUUUCAGCAGUGUCGAAUUAGGCGCAUCGAAUUCUGUUAGUCGUGAGAGCAGUUUUUCCAGCGUGGCGAGUAGCAGUGGAAGUGGUGGGAUUUUCGAAGUGGAUUCAUCUCGGUCGUCAUCUAGAUCUAAUUCCUGGCGAUCGAGCGAGGAUUCCAGCGAAAGACAACGAAUUUCAAGCGUAACAGAUCAACAGUAUCAAAGAUUGCAUAAUGCAAGGGAAAGAUUUCGCAAAGCGAGGGAACCGACUUCAAAUGACUCUUCUCCCACAGAAGAGUGUCACACCCCACCCGAAAACACCCGAUCAAUGACGAACCUUAAAAGACCCGAAGUCCAUGGAAGAAGUGCAUCUGAACCGCAAGUUUUGGUGCUGUCUCCGAUCUCAAGUCAGUCAAAGCUUUCCGCAAGUCCCGAGGGCUUGGUAAUCUCAACGCCGCCUGUGAAAAGAUUCAUCGAAUAUCGCUUAAGAUCGCGAUCUUUCACUGGGUCCGAACAAAAUGAGGAAGAGAAGGGGGAGAUGAGAAGUCUUCGAUCAAGUUUCUCUCACUCGCACCUUCAGGUUCCAGACAGUAGAAAUGAUUGCACAAGACGAUCUGGACGAAAAAGUCGUGAAGAGAUGCAAGACCAGAAUGUGGAGAAAGUUACAGCUUCAGAAGAAGAUUAUCAGGCGUUAAAGAAGGAAAUGGAGAAUUUGCGACAAGAGCGUGACAGUUUGAGGCGCGAAUGUGACCGAUUGCGGUGUGAGCGUGACGCAGUGCAGUUGGAACGUGACACUCUGUUGGGUGAAAAGAGUAAUUUGCAAGCUGAGCUGAAUAACAGGAAUGACAUCAUACAGCAUCUUCAGGAUCACGUGUCAAUGUCAGUUCAUUCCCUGGUCGAGCCAGAUGCUGCCAAAUCGACCCCUAAAAGGCAAAGGUCAAAGUCCGAAGUGCGCCGUCCAGCAUUCUACUUCCCUGAGGAGAUGGCAAAGACAAACGCUUACACUUGUCUAUAAAAAAUGUUACAGCGCUGUAGUCUUUUAAAUUAUUGCUCAAGAGGCUAUUAUAAUUUAUCCUUUGGUGUUUGAAUGCGCAUCGUCAAUAUAGAUAACUUCUCGCGCUUCUCGCGUGAUCAGUGUUGACGCAAUAAAUAAUAAAAUGGUGACUCGCUGUUUAA